AUGGAAUCACUAUACGCCUAUGUUGCAGCUACUCAGGUAGGGACUGAGGAGCCUUAUAUGCUAUUGUGUGGAAGAUUGCUUAUUCCUUCUUUGUUUAUCGCUUUCUGUGAUUUGUUUAGUACUUGGUGUCGCUCUGAUAGUAAAAACAAAUUAUACAGCAACAUGUUAAACAGGUGGUCUAACUUGCAGAAAAUAUAUGUUGAACAUAAUGUUGAACGAGAUGUUCUAUCUACUACAACUGGUAUGACAUAUCGAUGUUUAGUUGAGAUGGCUGGUAGAAACGAUGCUGCUAUUGCUACUGCUUUAGAGGCUAUGUCUCAGGCUUUGGCGAACCAGCCAAAUGCUGAUGAGAAUGUUGGAUCUUGUAGUUUGGCGACUUACCAAAGGGAGAAUCCGCCGGUCUUCAAGGAGAGUUUUCUGAGGAAGUAUUAUCCUGAAGAUGUUCGGGGUAAGAAGGAGAUUGAGUUCCUUGAGCUAAAACAGGGGAAUAUGUCAGGUGAAGAGAUCUCUUGGGUUGUGGUCCGCAGAGAGUUUUUGAGGAAGUAUUAUCCUGAAGAUGUUCGGGGUAAGAAGGAGAUUGAGUUCCUUGAGCUGAAACAGGGGAAUAUGUCAGUGACAGGGUAUGCUGCAAAGUUCACUGAGUUGGCUAAGUUCUACCCGUAUUAUGAUGGAUCAGGUGCUGAGUAUUCAAAGUACAUCAAGUUUGAGAACGGAUUGCGCUCUGAGAUCAAGAAAGCUGUUGGGUAUCAGAAGAUUCGUAUCUUUACUGAUUUGGUUGAUAGUUGCAGGAGUUAUGAAGAAGAUCAUAAUGCACAUUACAAAAUUGUCAAGGAUAAGAGAGGCAAGCAGAACCGUAGCACACCUUAUGAUGCUCUAGUUGGAACAGGAAAAGCAGAAGUGGCUAAUGGCAAAAGAACUAGUGGGGGAGGAGCUCGUGCUAGCGUGGUUUGCUUCAAAUGUGGAGAACCUGGUCACAAGAGUGAUGUGUGUACUGUUGGAGAGAAAAGAUGUUACCAUUGUGGUAAGACAGGACAUGUAACUACUGAUUUGUAG